AUCGCCGCCAUCGCGAGGCACACGUCGACACACGCCGUCUGUUUGCGGCUUCUCCACCCAGAGCCGCGCAGCCAAAUCCGGAGGGGAGCGGAGCACGGGGACGACGCCAUGAGCCGCGCGCUGCUCGCCCAUGUCCUCCACCGCCCGCCGCUCCUCUCCUCGAGGAGUGGCGCUGGCGCCCGAGGACUGCUGGCUUCUCGCAUCCACCCUCUCCGUCGUCUCAAUUGCAGCGCGGUCGAAGCGGCUGCCGACCCCACCGAGGAGGCGCCUGCUCCUCCUGCGAGGAAGAAAAGAGUAGUUUCUGGUGUACAGCCAACAGGAAUGGUUCACCUUGGAAAUUAUCUUGGUGCUAUUAAGAAUUGGGUUGCACUUCAGGAUUUAUACGAGACAUUCUUUUUCAUUGUGGACCUGCAUGCAAUUACUUUACCAUAUGAUGCACCAGAGCUAUCUAAAGCAACAAGAAGCACUGCUGCAAUAUAUCUUGCAUGUGGCAUUGACAGCUCCAAGGCAUCAAUUUUUGUACAGUCUCAUGUCCGUGCUCAUGUUGAGUUGAUGUGGCUAUUGAGUUCUUCUACUCCUAUUGGCUGGCUCAACAGAAUGAUCCAGUUCAAAGAGAAGUCACGCAAGGCGGGUGAUGAAAAUGUCGGGGUGGCACUUUUGACUUAUCCUGUUCUAAUGGCUUCUGACAUCCUUUUGUACCAGUCCGACUUGGUACCUGUUGGUGAAGAUCAGACACAACAUUUGGAAUUAACUCGUGAAAUUGCUGAGCGUGUAAAUAAUCUCUAUGGUGGAAGAAAGUGGAAGAAAUUGGGAGGGAGAGGUGGUUCUCUGUUUAAGGUUCCUGAAGCCCUUAUUCCUCCAGCUGGGGCUCGUGUUAUGUCCCUAACUGAUGGUCUCUCCAAGAUGUCCAAAUCUGCUCCUUCUGAUCAGUCUCGUAUCAAUCUUCUUGACCCAAAAGAUGUGAUUGUGAAUAAGAUCAAACGCUGCAAAACUGACUCAUUCCCAGGCUUAGAGUUUGACAACCCAGAGAGGCCGGAAUGCAGAAAUCUUCUCUCGAUCUACCAGAUUAUUACUGGGAAGACUAAAGAGGAAGUUGUUAGCGAGUGCCAAGAUAUGAACUGGGGGACAUUCAAGACUACCCUUACAGAUGCUUUGAUCGAGCAUUUGCAACCUAUCCAGGCCCGUUAUGAGGAGAUAAUGUCUGAUCCAGGCUAUUUAGAUAAUGUUCUUUUGAAAGGAGCAGGAAAAGCUUCUGAGAUAGCGGACAUUACCCUCAACAACGUAUACCAAGCCAUGGGUUUCUUGCGCAGAUAGCAUAAGGAUCAAUUCAUUGUCCAGAACCUUUUAGCAAAACUUGAGAUUUUUUGGGUCGACAUGCUUCACAUUAGGCACUACACUUGUUUUUACACCUUGGACUUGCCACUUCACGAGUUAAACCGCUCGUUGAUAAAUUUUACCACAGUUCCUUCAAUUUUUUCUGGAGAAAUGUCACUAGCUUUUCAUAUGAAACUGCUCUAGUUAGCUUAUUUUCAUUUCUUUCCUGGGGUGGUUUUGGGUUUUGAAUUUUUGUAUGCGUUUUAGUGUAACCAACGUAGUUAUUGCCCUUGGAUUCAGGGCAGGUGGAAAUAUGAAUAUCUCGCAUGUACAAAAUCUUACAACUGCACAUUUUUGGGAAACACCUGCUUAUACAUUCA